AUGCCAAUCCCCUCGUUCGACGGCCGCUACGAGAGUUGGCCGAAGUUCAAGGUCCUGUUCAAGGAAAUGGUCGACAAGGCGCUCGAUCCGCCAGCAGUGAAGCUCUACCAUCUGGAACACGCGCUGAUGGGGGGUGCAGUUGGGUCGAUCGACGCGAAGACCAUCAGCGAGGGCAACUACGCCCAUGCCUGGGAAAUUCUGGAGGAAAAGUACGGCAACAAGCGUCAUGCGAUCGACAGACACAUCAACGGGCUGCUGAACCUGACGAAGAUGAACAAGGAGAACCACGUCGAGUUGAGAGGCCUGGUGGACGAGUGCACAAGGCACGUAGAUAGUCUGAAGUUCCUGGAACAGGAGUUCACGGGAAUAUCAGUGCUGAUUGUGGUCCAUCUGCUCGGCGCAGCGCUGGACAAGGACACUAGAAGACGCUGGGAGUCGGAGGUCAAGAAAGGUGAACUGCCCCAGUACGACCAGAUGUUGGAGUUCCUGAAGGCCCAGUGCUUCGUCAUGGAGCGUUGCGAGGACCUGAAACCAAAGCAGCCAACGGUCCAGCCGAAGCCGGCCGUCAAUUCGAGCCAGAAGUCGUACGCCGUGUCCACGUACGAGUCCGAGACCAGGUCGGAAGACAGGUGCGACAUCUGUGACAAGGGCCACAAGAACCACGCCUGCCCGGAAUUCAAGGCACUUCCGUUGCAGCAGAGAAUGGUCAAGUGCAAACGACGUCACCACAGUCUGCUCCACUCCGAAGAACGCCCCAAGUCAGAACAGAAGGUGACACAAGCACUGCCGGAACAAGCCCCGGAGGUCAAGAAGCAAGAAGCAGCUCAGCUGACAACCGCGAGUUGCCACAACGAGACGCCAACCCAACAGGUGCUGCUUCUCACGGCAGUGGUGGACAUAAUGGAUCGAAACAACAAGGCCCACCCCUACAGAGUUUUAUUGGACAGUGCGUCACAAGCUAACCUCAUCUCGAGGGCCAUGGUGGAGUCGCUGGGCUUGAAGCAGUUUCCGUCCAACGUCACUGUGGCAGGAAUCGACGGCACGAAAACCCACGCUUCAUCGGGCAGCCUGGUCCAACUUCGUUCGAGGUACUCCAGCUUCAGCGCGCGUACAAGUGUUUGGUCACGGAAAGGGUCACGGCCAACCUUCCCACGUCCGCAGUGA